UACUCUUGAAGUUUUUCACGAUUUCUGUGUGCUUAUCAUCGGAGGCAAACUUUCAAGGCUCCCUUUAUUUUUUCGAGGGUCUCUUUUUUUUCAAACCCCAGGAAGAAACUUUCGUUGAAGAAAAAGAGAAGGAGGCUUUCAAUGAAAAUGUAUCACCGCAUGAAAAAGAGUUUUCUGUUGAAAAUAACCACAGUAAUAAACAGGAAAUGAUACAUACAAUGAAGGAGAACACUGAACUUGUAAUUCACUUGAAAACUCAUACAGGAGAAAAGCCGUUCAGUUGUAAAAUUUGUACAAAAUAUUUCAGUAGUGCUAGUAAAUUGAGUAAGCAUGAAAAAACUCACACAGAGGAAAAACCGUUUCAAUGUGAUGUUUGCCAAAAAUCUUUCAUUCGUAGUUCAGGUCUCGUAAUUCACUCAAUAACUCAUACAGGAGAAAAGCCGUUCAAAUAUAAAAUUUGUUCAAAAUUUUUCACUAAUAGGAGAUAUUUGAGUGAGCACAAAAAAACUCACACGGAGGAAAAACCGUUUCAGUGUGAUAUCUGCCAUAAGUCUUUUAUUCGUAAAUCAGUUCUCAUAAUUCACUCAAAGACUCAUACAGGAGAGAAACCGUUCAGUUGUAAAAUUUGUACAAAAUCUUUCAGUGAUCUUAGUAAUUUGAAUCAACACAAAAAACUUCAUACUGAGGAAAAACUGUUUCAGUGUGCCAUCUGCUCAAAGUCUUUCAUUCAUAAGGAAAAGCUUAUAAAUCAUUUAAGGACUCAUACAAGCGAAAAGCCUUUCAAAUGUAAACUUUGUUCAAAAUAUUUCGCUAAUAGAAGGUAUGCAAGUGAGCAUGAAAAAACUCACACGAGGAAAAGAUCGUUACAGUGUGAUAUCUGCCAAAAAUCUUUUAUUCGUAAAUCAGUUCUCAUAAUUCACUCAAGAACUCAUACAGCAGAGAAACCGUUCAGUUGUAAAAUUUGUAGAAAAUCUUUCAGUAAACUUAGUAAUUUGAAUAAACACAAAGAAAUGCACAAGGGGGAAAAAUAGUUUCGGUGUCAGAUGUGCUCAAAAUCUUUUAUACAUAAAGAAAGUCUUAAAUUCACUUAAGCACUCAUCCAGGGUGAAAUUUGUAUGAAAUCUUUCAAUAAUC